UACCCGAACCCUAACAACUAUCUCCUUCUCUUCCUCAAUUUGUCCCCAAAUCUCUUAAGAAAUUCUCAUUCGCCACCCCCUGAAAUUCAGCUGUAUGCAUCUCUAAGAUUCAAAUUCUGAUUCAUUUUUGCUUUCAAAUCAUUUAUCCCCAACCAAUUCUCAUCUCAAAUUCAUUUCCUCUACUGUUACAGAUCUCUCCCUCCGUGUUUCAUUUCUAGGGUUGCGGAAAUGCCGGUUAAUCUGACGCAGAAUGCGAUUUCGGCCAUCAACGCCGGAGACGUGAACUCGAAGCCUCUGGUUCAGGUGCUCGACAUUAAGCUCAUCGGCAACACUCAGGAACGCUACCGUUUUCUGAUCUCGGAUGGAGUCUCGACUCAGCACGCAAUGCUGGCCACUCAGCUCAACGACCGAGUCAAGUCUGGCCGAGUCCUCAAGGGCUCUGUCGUUCAGUUGAUCGAUUAUAUCUGCAGCACCGUUCAGAAUCGCAGGAUUAUUGUUGUUCUAAACAUGGAAACUAUUAUACCAGAUUGUGAAAUAAUUGGGAAUCCAAAAAUGUUUGUGGAAUCUGAUUCAGUAGGCCAGAAACCAGUACCUGAUAAUAACCGUGGACACACAACAGCGGCUACCAGUAACAAUUAUCUGGGAGCCCAAAAUGCUGGAAAUGAUAUGCAAAAUUUCCGCACCACUGUUCAACCAGCGUACCAACCUCCUCCAAGCUAUAAAAAUCGUGGGGCGAUCAUGAAGAAUGAGGCACCCGCAUGCAUAAUUCCAAUUGCUGCUCUGAAUCCUUAUCAAGGUCGGUGGGCCAUCAAAGCAAGAGUAACAGCUAAAGGAGACAUCCGCCGUUACAACAAUGCCCGGGGAGAUGGAAAAGUAUUCUCCUUUGACCUUCUUGACUCUGAUGGAGGUGAAAUACGGGCCACCUGCUUCAAUGCUGUUGUUGACCGCUUCUAUGAUGUUAUUGAGAUUGGUAGAGUCUAUUUGAUAUCAAAGGGUAGCUUGAAACCUGUACAGAAGAACUUCAACCAUCUGAGAAAUGAAUGGGAGAUAUUUUUGGAGACAACUUCAACAGUUGACCUUUGUGUGGAAGAAGAUGGUUCUAUACCAAAACAGCAAUUCUCCUUCAAACCUAUCAGUGAAAUUGAGACAGCUGAAAAUAAUUCCAUCAUUGACAUUAUUGGUGUUGUACUAACAGUUAACCCUUCAGUCCCUAUCUUGAGGAAGAAUGGAAUGGAAACUCAACGGAGAAUUCUAAAUCUCAAGGAUCAAUCUGGGCGGAGUGUUGAAUUAACUCUAUGGGGUGAUUUCUGUAAUAGGGAAGGUCAAAGACUACAAGAAAUUGUCAAUUCUGGGCUUUUCCCGGUUUUAGCUGUCAAAGCUGGGAAAGUUAAUGACUUCAAUGGGAAAUCUAUAGGAACAAUUUCUUCUACCCAGCUCUUUAUAAAUCCAGAUUCUUCAGAGGCCCACAGCCUGAGAGUCUGGUUUGAUCAAGGGGGGAAAGAUACUGUUUCUCAGUCCAUCUCUAGGGACACUAUGCCUGGAGGACCAAAAAGUGAGAUUCGUAAAACUGUAUCUCAAAUCAAGGAUGAAGGAUUGGGAAGGUCAGAAAAACCAGAUUGGGUGACAGUUAAGGCAACCAUAUCUUUCAUCAAGACAGAUACAUUCUGCUACACUGCCUGCCCUUUGAUGGUUGGUGAUAGGCAGUGUAAUAAGAAAGUGACAAAGUCAGGAAACUCACGAUGGCAAUGUGACAGGUGCAAUCAAGAAUUUGAGGAAUGUGAUUACAGAUACCUCCUUCAAGCUCAAGUUCAGGAUCAUACAGGUUUGAUGUGGGUCACGGCUUUCCAAGAAUCAGGGGAAGAGAUCUUAGGUUGCUUGGCGAAGGAGUUGUACUUCCUGAAAUAUGAAGAGCAGGAUGAUGUCAAAUUUGCAGAAACCAUCCGCAGCUGUCUCUUCACUGAAUAUCUUUUCAGACUUAAAAUCAAAGAGGAACUUUAUGGUGAUGAACAGAGGGUGAAAAUUACAGUUGUCAGGGCAGAGAAGGUGAACUAUUCUGGAGAGAGCAGAUACCUGCUUGGUUUGAUCUCGAGAGCACAGCCUCGCUGAAUAAUUCUAAACCAAAUUGAAUAGCUAGUAAAGAAGAACAGCCGAAUCCUGGUGAGGAGCUUGUGGUUACUCAUUUUAUAAAUAAAUGCUAGCUGAUCAAUAUUUGGGCGCAUUAAGGACAAGGUGCGGUUACACGUAAUUCUUGAUGUAGUUUUCCACUUACAAUUGAGAAUUUAGAUGUCGCAAUUGAAUACCCACUUGAAGUUAUAAACAACACAGAGCCAUUGCUUUCCCUGGGUAUUGGUCGAGCUAAAUAGAUCCUGUAGCCACUGCCCAGUUUUAUCAUGGAGUACUUGUAGGUAGUCAUACAAGAAUUAUAGAGCUUUUCUUACAAAUUC